GUGGCGAUUGAAACUGACAGUACUGAAGAAACGUAAACACGACCUGCAGGCACACAGUGCUUGGACGAUCCGACAAAUUUUGCCAACGAAUCGGCCGCGCCAAGGCAUCUUCUUUACAGAGGGGCAUGAGCAAAGAAGGCCCCUGACAUGCAGAGAGAGCCGCAGGCCGGCAAAGGGCCCCUCGGAGGGCUGUCGAAGGGUGGAACGAAAGGGGAUGGCGAUGCGGCCUGUCUGCAAAGCCUGGACAGUGCCAGAUCAAGUGUGGACAGUGCAGAUGAGAGUCUCAUUAGAGCCAACGAGUAUGAACUCAUAAUGAACGAAAUGGAAAGGAGGUUUGUCGAAGGGCAAAAAGACGCAGAUGAGGAUAUCAUCAGCAAGCUCGAAAACGAAAAAUCAGAUCUGCAGCGCCAGCUACGAGAAACGAACGCGGAAUUGAUGGUGGAAGCAGCCAGCAGGGCUGAGCAGGAUUCAACCGUUGUCGAUUUAGGCCGUCAAGUUGCUAUGCUGCAGGAACAACUGCACAACGCGACCGGCCUCCUGGAGUCAGCUGCUGGACCAGACGCGGUCGCUCUCAUGACUGCUCAAAACGGCCGUCUUCAAGCUGAAAAUAUUGCUGAAAGUCUCAACAAAGCUCUUGCUGCAGCGCAGGCUGAGGCAGCUAACCUUAGAGCUCAGAUUGGCCUUCAAAGUUCAAGACAGGUGCAAGAACUAAAACAAGGGAUUCAGGUGCUGAGUCAGAGGUGUGAAGAACUUUCCAAAGAGAAGGAGGAAUUAAUAGCAGAAAAUAAAAGAAAUUUGGCUAAAUGUAAGGAAGAUAGCGAAUCCCGUUUUGGAGAGCAACUUAGAAAUAUUAAUCAUCAGUGGAAACUCAGUCAAGAACGAGCAGAAAAGGAGCACAAGGAACUGCUCACAAAACUUGAAGCUGAGUUGGAAUCCAUUAAGUCAGAAUUUGACAACUCAAGUCUGAAGGAGCAGAUCCAAGGUCUGCUAGAAGACAGGCAGUCCUUGGAAAAUGUGGUUGCUGCCCUGCGAACACAAUUGCAGCAAAACCAUCUUGACAAGGGCCAAUUGGAUGCCUUGGCAAGUGAAAAAGACAAAAGCCAGUUGCAAGAACUGGUGGAUUUACGCAAAUUGGUUGCUCAAAGCAGCCAAGAGGUGGCUGAGCUGCGUUCAAACCAGGCCAUUCUGAGAGAAGAGAAUGCAAAGCUGUAUGAGAAAAUUGAGAUUAUGGAGGACGCUGAAGAGGCUCUGAGACAUGUGCAGGCGCGUGCCAGAGCCCUUGAGGCAGAGUGUGGCCGCCUGCAUGCGGAGAAAGAGGAGGCUGAAGCAGAAGCUGAGCUUCUUUAUAGCCGAUGGAGGACCACUGAGCAAGAGGCACUAAGGUUCAAACGGCUCUAUUCCAGAAACAGCAAUCUUAAGGACGUCAUAAUUGAAGAGGAAGAAGAAAUUGCUGAAAAUGUACAGUAUGAGGUUGAAAAUGAAGUGGAUGCAGCUGAAAAGGGCGUGAGCAGGCAGAAAAUUCGUCCUGAGGAAGUUCCCACUGGCCAAGGCGCUCUUAUGGGCUGGGUAGAGCGGUGCGAGGCGAUGGCUGGUCGGCUGCGCACUGCAGAGGCCAAUGCUAGUCGCCUGGCUACUCAAAUGGACCAUCAAGAGGCUAGAGUCAGGGUUCUAACUGAGGAAAAGAUCGCUUUGCUGCAGAAGAACAAAGAGCUCUCUGAUAAGGUGGUCACUCUGCAAAGAACCUCAGCGUCAGUUGCCAGAUCAAAGCUGCUUAUGAAUCAGUAUGAAUUAAAAAUUGGGCAGCUGGAGAAUGAGCGGGGACAUUUGCAGAAAGCACUGGCGCAGCUGGAGACUGAGCUGACCAAAGCUAGAGGAAGCCGAGUGGACAACAGAGAUCUUGAGUCUGCUGCCAAGCAAGCCAUUAUUCUUGAACAUUCGCUCAAACAUGCAAAACAAGCACAAAACCUGCUUCAGGUUAAAGUCUCCAACCUGGAGGAACUAGUCACCUCUCUUGAAGCUGGUCUCAAUGCUGUUGGCUCAAAGCUGGAGGAGAGUAGUGCCGAAUUAGCUGCUGCAUGGGCCACAGCCAGUGGCCAUCAGGAAGCAGCAUCUUCCUUUUCAGCACAGCUAGCUGCGUGCCAAGAGCGGGCUGCAAGGUUGGAGCAGCGAAUGGCUUCUGCACUAGCAGCUGAUGAGUUGACCCUCUCUCUUGAAAAUGGAUUGCGAGACCUAGUUGAAGAGCUGGUGACUGAAGUUGGUGAUCUGAAAGCCGCUUUGAAAGCUGAGCGUCUCAAAAGCUCCAAGCAACCAGAGGUUCUUCAAGAACGGAUCAACUCUGCUAUCCUGCUUGAAAAACUAGGACAGCAAAAAGAGCAACUUCAACUGGCCAAGGAAGAAAAUUCCUGCACUUCUGGUGACUGGAUUGUACGCUUGGAACAGCAACUGUGUGAAAUGAUAGAGGAGUUGGAAUGCCGCAAAAAUUCCAUUACAGAUUCCACAACUCGUCAAGAGGUAGAAGUAGAUGCUUGUGGGAAGCUUGAAGCUGAAGUGCGUGACCUGCAAGCUCGUUUAGCGCAAGCGCAACUUCAGUGCCAGGGUCUUUUGAAAGAGAAAAAUGCCCUGGAAAACGAGUUAUUAACUUUGGAGGCAAGUCUUCAACAGAAAGAGCUUUUGAUGGAGGAACAGAGAAAAUUGCUGCAGUUGCAAGUGUCUGAGAAAGAUUUGGAAGUGAAAAAGGUUCAUGCAGAAGCCACAGUUAAAGAGAUAGAAUUGCUACUUUGUCGUUCCCGAAUGUCUGAGGGGAUGGAUUGCGUGACUGAUGGUUGUGGUCGCUUGCAAGAGGUCAAAACUGCCUUGGAUGAAAUUCAUGAAACUGCUGUGGCACAAAUGCGAGAACAAUUGGCUAGCCAUAAUCCUGUUAACAUCAGUCAACUUCAAAUGAUACAUCUGCAGCAGCUUGAGGAUAUGAAAAAGCGAAUUGAUGCUCAGGAGAUCCAUCUGAGGGAAAAUUUUGCUCAAAAAAUCUCGCAAGAAGUGGAAGCCGUACUUAAGAAUUUAGAGGGAGCCUUUGAUGAAAAGUGCUUGAAUAAAGUGCAAAAUUGUGUUCGAAAAGAUGUCGAGGCGGAAAUGCAGAAACUGAAUACCAGCUUUGAAAGGCAGGUACUCAGUUUGCAAGAAAAGCACAACCAGGAAAUUGAAGUGUUCAAAGCUGAGAGUCAAUCUAAAUUCGCAUGUCUUAAAGAGAAGCUUGACACCAAGGCUAGCAAUGAGAAGGUGGAGAAUAUUUUGAAACAGGAUAAAGAGCGCCACAAUGAAUCCCUUUUGAAGGGAUUGGAGAGGUCAGUCUGUUCUCAACUAGAUGCUUGCUUCCAGGAAAUCUGUGAGAAAUGGGGUGAAAAGUGCAGUAAGGCAGCUCUGGAAGGUGGUCAGGAGGUGGCUGCUGAAGUGAGGGCAGCUUCUUUACAGCUCAGUAACAAAUAUCAUCAAGAGAUGGAAAACCUGCGAAAAGCCCUCAAGGAGGCCAACUCAAAAAUCCAGGAGCAAAUUAAACUGGAAUGGGAAAAGUCAAGUGAGGUGACUGACCUGCAACAGAUCAAUGACCUCUUGGCUGAUCUGCGAUCAUCAGGGUUAACUGUUAGUACCUUGCUGGAUUUGAAGUCAGCGCUUGAGGAGAAACACAAGCAGGAAAUGGACGAGCUGAGAUCCUAUUUUGAGCAGCGGUGUGAAAAAUACACAGAGGACGUGAUAAGCCAGAGAAGCCAGAGCAGAAAAAUUUCAAUCAGUUCUGACGAGUUCCAGUCUGGCGAUUUUGAUCAGGACAAAACGAAAGACUGUGAAAGCUUCUCAGAACCGCCUUCAUUAACAAGUAGACCUGACGUUCGCUUACUUGAGGCUGUGGAAGCAGAAUGGCGUGACAAGUUUUCAAGACAGGAGGAGAAAUAUGAGCAACAGAUUAAGCAACUAGCAAAAGACAUGCAAGAUGCGCAUCAGCUAGAAAUCUCUCAGCUGCUUGAUGCCACAGAUCAAAGCGAAAGGCUACGAUCUGAGAUGCUACCCAGGAUACAUACUUUCAAUCUAACACGCGAGCCUGUUAUUGAGGAAUCUGUGGAUGAAAUUCCAGUUUGGAGCAAACAAAUUGAACAGGAAGUGGAAAGAAGAGUAGCUGAAGAGACUCAAAAAAUUAGCACUCAAAUUGAUGAGGAAAUUGCUGCCAUUAAAAAAGCCAGCAUUCAAGAGCAGUUGGCGCUAGAGGAGAAGCACAAAAAGACUGCCAUUGAAUGUAUUGAACAACGCGAAAAGCUUAUUAAAGAGUUGGAGGAAAAGUUUCAAGCUAGUUUGGUUGAGCUUCAAGGAAAGCACGAGAAGCAGAUUUCUAAUUUAAAAGUGAAGCAUGAGAAAGAACUUGGAGAGCUUGAGGAGGAGUUGAACAAAACGCACAAAGAAAAUCUGGAACUAGUAUUAAAUGAAAUGAAUGCAAAGUUUGCUGAAAAUCUGGAGGGAUUGGAAAAGCUGCUUGCUCAGGCGCAUCAAAAAGAAGUACUUAAGCUACAGCAGUCAAUAGAACAGCAGGAAGAGAGUUUUGUGGCGCUGCUGGAGGACCAGGCGAAGCGCGGCGCCGUCUCGGAGCUUGAAUUCGAGCGGCGCCUGCAGCAAGAGCGGCUUGACACAGUGUCCGCCCUCAGCCAACACCUGCAGGCGAUGCUCGCUGGUGAACAGGAGGUCACUGAGUGGCCUGCUGAAAUGGAGCAGCUGCGCCAAUACCUAGUCACUGAUGCUCAAUCCCAGGUGGACAAGCUCAAGAAGCAACAUCAGAGGGAAAUGGAAGUUCUUCGUCAGCAAUUGAAUGAGGGUGGUGAAGCACCUCUCCGAGAGCAAUUUUUGCAACAGAAACAGGUGUUGAACCGAGAGAAUGAACUGCUUAGGCACUUGGUGUCUGAACUAGUGCGAUACUUAGGCCAGCUGGAUGAGCAGCUUGCGUCGUUUGUUGACACUCACGCGUUGGGCAGUGAUACCGAGAGCAAUGCCAGCGAGGAGGAGCGAAGACUGCGUUUGGCGCCAGACCUUAGUGCCCUAUCUGAGGCGCUUGACCUCUCGCAGCUUGACGCAGCCCAAAUGCGAGCAGACCUUGAUGCCUGCUUGCUGCGCCUCCGUCGUGAGGUAGCUGACAUCAUCGGGGUUUCGGAGGCUUCUCUUGUCGGCACAAAACAGCUGGAUGAAUUAAAACAACUGCUAGCAGCCAGCGAAGCUAAGGUCGCAAACCUAGAGGCCCGUCUUGAUGGCAGAGCAAGAGAUACAAUAUCUGAAGGUUUUGGUGAUGAUGGGGCUCCACUUGGUCUGGAGGCUCGCCUUAGCAGAAUAGAGCAGUUAUUGGAAAUGGUCAAGGCAGCCUUGCAGGACGAGCCACAUCCCUCUGGUCCACUUCUUGAACAGUUAGUUGCAGAAGGACAGAGACUAGCAGACGAGACCAGGCGGGAAAAAGAUGACCUUCAUAUGCAGAUUGAGUGCGCAGACAAACAGGUGCGUGCAAACCGAGUGUUUAUGGAUGAACAAGCGGCAGAGCGCGAGCAGGAGCGCGACGAGUUUGCCCGCCAGCUGCAGCAACUGAAGGAUGCCCUCAAGGACAAGGAUAAGGACAAGCAUGAGAUCGUUCGAUUGGCCAAAGAGGUUGAAUUUCUUGAAGGACUGGGCAGGGAGAACACCGUCCAGUUGCAGAAAGCGCAAGCUACCGCCGCGGACGCAGCUGCACAGUUCAAGGCCGCCAAUGAUAAGGUGCAAGUUUUGCGUGAAGUGGUCAAAACCUUAGAAGGACAAUUGGAGGAUAAAUCCAAGAGUGAGGCGGAGCUAAAACUGCAGUUGAGUGACCUGCAAACUGCUUUCAAUCAAGAGAGUCGAGUCUUGAGCGAGCAGUUGGACGCUUUAAAGAAUGACCACAGCUCAAUUGACCUACUUGACCAAAUCGGCACCUUGGAGGAACAGCUGAACGAUUACAAGAGAAAGCUGGAAGAAAAGGUUAGCCAAGAGACACCUGCCCAGGCAGAAAUGAACUUGCAGUUAAAAACUAUAGAAAUGACUCUUGACAAGCGAACUAAAGAACUUGAGCGCGUACACAAGCGCACUGAGUUAAGCGAUAUUGCGGAAGGGGUGACCUCGCCAGAAAGUACUGAUAGGGUUCGGUCGCCAUUGACCUCCCUGCGGCGCUUGCAGGACAAACUGCAGAACCACACUCGAGCUGAGGAUGCUGCCUUCGCACACAUUAAAAAGUUGGAGAUUGAACUCUCAUCUGCUCGACGCGCGGAGGAGGGUCUACAAAUCGAGCGAUGCGAGCUACAGAAGCGAGUAGAAGACCAGUUGCAGCAAAUCACUAGUCUGCAAGCACGAUUGGACCAGCAACGCUUCCAGCAGAGCAGCCUGGAACAACUCCAGAGUUCCAAUGUGCGACAAGUGCAACUUCGCUCAGCCGAACAGCUUGAGAACCUCAAAGAAAAGUUGGCUGCUAAAGAGACUGAGGUGAAAGAGGUGAAAAGUCAGCUAGAGAAGACAAAACGCGUGCUGUCUGAACAGGAAGCACUUGCUGUCCAAAGAGAGCGAGAGUUUGCUGAGGAAAAUCAAAAGUUGCGUGAAAUGCUGGAGGUAACUGAAGAAGAGACUGCUCGCCGAGCAACUUCCAGCCCUGGCAAGUUCAGCAGCCACCUAAUGAACUCCUUGGUUGCUGAAAAGAAUGCCGAGAUUGAAGAACUUUCAUUGCAGGUGCAGGUGUUGCGGGAGCGACUGGACAGUGUGCACCACACUCUUGAAACUUCUGACUCAAACAAAGAGCAGCUUCUUGAGACAGUCCAUGAACUGCGAAUGGCUAAUCGAGAGACGCGUUCUCACUCAACCAUGAUCAGAAGUGGAGACCAGGAGGUGCUUCGCGCCACUGCCUAUGAGGUGGAAUCCUUCGACUCCACCUUUAUUGAGUCGGUCAGGCCACCCUCCAGCUUUGCUUGCUCCCCCCUGCAAAAGUCGUUUAGCAGAAAUGAAGUAAUUGUGGAGAGCCCUCCAGUCCAGCCUGAAGAGGAACAGCCGGAUCAAAACGUAGCUGCACUGCAGCAGGAACUGAAUGAAAAGGAGGCAGAGCUGGCUGCUAAGCAAGAAGAGAAUGAACAGCUAAAGAAAGAACUGACGUCCAUCUCAACUCGCUUUGAAGAAUACGCGCAGAAGAUUCAAAAUGAGCUAAGUAUGUGCCUGCAGGCUGAGGCAGCUUCAGAGGCUAGUCUUGACAUUUCAAUAGCAUCAGAGAAUCUGCAGAAAAUCUUGGCUAGAGUUCAGGAUGGUGGCGUUGAGGUGCUAAGUCUAAGCGAGCUUGCAGUCCUCAGCAAGCACGCAUCAGGCUCUGUCCCAGAAACACAGUCGAUGGCCACGCAGACAAUCAGGUCCUCUCUGACAGAAGCUACCUUACUGGCCAACCUUAAGCGCGAAACAGCUGCUGCAGCUCAGGAAGCCGCUCGAAGAGAGAAAAUUCUUGAAGAACAAAUUGUCAGCUUGAAGAUGGCUUUAGAAGAAAGUGGAAGGCGGGUAACUGAACUUGAGGAAAGCUAUGCUACUGAAAAGCAAAUUGCCACUGAUGCGCGCUUGGCUCUCUUAAAGCAUGGUCCUGACUCAUUUCAGUAUCAGUCUCGAAUCCAAAUACUCAACGAACGCGUGGAGUUUACAGAGCGACAACUGCAACAAUCAAAGCUGGACCUGGACAAAGAACGUAGCAGGGCUAACGCAUUGGAGAGCGCGCUUGGCAGUGCAGAGACUGAGAGUUUACUUACGAAGGCUGAUCUGGAAGGGGAAACUUUUAGGCAUAAUGUCACAAGAAGAAACUUUAACACGCUCCAAGAGCUCAUCAACUCAAAAGAUAAGGAAUUUUCGCAUAAAAAGGGACAGCUUGAACAGGAAGUGAACAGGUUGCAAAGUCUCCUCCAGCAGCUAGACUCAAGCAAAGAGCAAAGCCCUAAAGUCAAAAUCGAAGACAAUGAGGAAAUGUUAAACUUCCACGGUGACAACCAAGCAGAGGUGAGCCAGCGCUUUACUCGUCACCACCUUCGCCACCUUUUGGCUCAGUUGCAGGAGGAGCGUGAGAAGAAUGUGCAAAUGCAUUUCAAGACGCUCGAGCUGCAGGACAUGGUGUCUGCUCUGAAAGAGACUGAAAUGCGGCUGCUGGAGCGUCACGACCGAGACAAGAAAGACUUUGAUCGCCACCGCGCUGAGCUUGAGCAGCGCCUCUCUGACGCCCGCUCCAGCCUGAUCGCUGAGGUGGCCAAACUUCGACAAGAGCUGGCCGCCGUUACCACAAGGGACCGUCAGUGCGAUCAUGAGGCAACCUUUGAUGCCGAACGCCGUUCCUGGAGCGCUGAGCGAGGCCGUUUGCUCACGGAGGCUCAGCUGCUGAGCCACAGGGCACAGGAGGCAGAGGCCGCUCUCACUCAAGAAAAGGCCAAUCACAUUCUGGAACGCAUGAAAGCGCAGUAUAAGGCAGCAAAAGAUACUUCUUCUAUUGUUGAUCACGAUAAGGUGGAAUAUUUGCAUGAGAAGUGUCUGCACAGCGAAAGUCGCUGCAAGUCCCUGAAGUGGCAGAAGCGUUACCUGCAGCUCGUGAUCACAUCUUUCCAGGCAACUUUGGAUGCCGUCAAGGCCCGACAACCUCAGGCACUGCCCCAACCAGCUCUCUCACCUCUUUCCAGAUUCAGAGCUGCAGCGCUAGUAGUGGUUUCGAUUCAUCGAAUGCAGUUUAUUGUCAAGACUCACUUGCGCUUGUACCGCGUGAGCAGCACUAUAGUUCUAAAGCGAAUCCAUGACGCUAUUGUCGAUAACCCAGAGCCCAGAUUGGAACCAUGUGCGCCAGCAAUUCUGCCUGUUUCAAACAAAGUCCAAUACGAGACCCCUAAAUCUCGCAACCUAGUUAGCAAGCACUAAACCUCCAGAAAACAACCAAUCCACAAAACUGACUGACUGAAUGGUACUCUUAAGAAUUGUAAAUACAUAAAAAUAAUUGUUUUUUUCCAUGAAAUACAUUUAUUGAUUACACACUCUAAAUUAAAAAGAUUGACCACUUGUAUGUGUGCUGUUGAUGUAUUUUUGUAGGCAAAAUUGAUCUAGUGUAAAUCGACUGACUUAUAUAAAUUUGCCAGAUUUGCCAUAAUAAAGAAUCAAUGAAAUGACGUGUCUUUCAUCUUAAUUUAUUUUCAAAAA